UUUUUAGUUGUUGUCAUUGCAUUGAUCGGUUUGGGUAUUUUGGCUGUUUUUAUAAUGAUCGCUAAAGGGAUAUUAAUUUUUAAUUGUAAAUUACUCAGUGAAUAUUUUACAAUACGGAAGAACAGAAUAAAGAAAAAUCGACAGAGAAUGAAGGCAAGUCAAAAGAAUUCCGGAAAAAAAUUUUUAAAUAAAAAUUCCGGAAACGCUAUAAUUCCGGAAAAAGUAGUCAAACUAUACUUUUUCCGGAAAUUUUAUUUAUUCUCUCUUUUUCAGUUUAACCUUCCCCCUUGUAAGAAUUCAUUUACCCCCUCAAACAUACAACAACAACCUUCUAGUCAUUUUACUGACAACCAGAAGCAAUUUAGCCAUUUAAAUUACUACUUCAAUAGUGGAUUAAAAAGAACUAAUGUUUCGAAUAGUAUAGAUUUAAAUGAUGAAUUAAAGGAAGAAGAAAUUAAUUUGAAGAGAGUAAAAAGGGAAUUAUUUUUCUUUUAA